CACAGCUGAUUUUCGCAAUUCAAAAUUCUGUUUACAAAUUGAAUUUCGAGGAAGUACACGCAAUCCAGUGAGCUUUGACUGAAUUAUCAGGCAAAAUCUUUCUAGUCAAAUACUCGGCCAUGGAAUCAAAAAAUUGCAAAUGGUUUGGACCAAACGAUGGCCACUGUCGCGAUGGCUCCUCGGUCGGCGCUCUGUUCCACAAUUUCAUCAACAAUAACGUUUCCACGCCCUUUGAAAUGGGCGAGCUUGUGGGCUACGUGUUACUGCUGGUUAUCUCUUGGUACGCGCUAAUCUUCGCCUUCAGGUUCCUGCUGUCGCUGGUGAAGCCCGUUCUCAUAGUGCUGGCCGCCCUGUUCCUGUUCCGAUUCCUGCGCACCUUCGGGGGCCCCGAAAUGACGGAUCUAUUCACCCAAAUUGCAAGUCUGAUUAUGAGUGGCGUGUCCAAAGCUGUGGAGCUGUUUAUGCUUCUAUUGCAAUGAGGCAGUGCUCAACAUUCCAUUGUUAUAAAACCCAUGUAAAUGGUACUUAUGUAUAUAGCUAAAUGCUACUUGGUAUACGACUCUAGAUUUUCGUAAGAUUACAAAUAUAUGUACACAUAGAUUUGCAGCUUGUGAAUGUAUAUAUAUAUCUAUGCAUGUUGAAAUGUUUUGGUUUCUAAUCAAAAACCUUUUUUUAUAUUAUAAUCAUUCAUAAUAAAGUUUGCUGAACAAUUUA